AAGCCCAUAAAAAACACACACAAUUGGAGAAACCCUCACUAGUCACUACUCAUCAACUAUCAUCAGUUUCUCUCUCUAAAUUGAAAUAAAACCAACUGAAAAAAAAAUCCCCCUACAUUUCUUGCUCUCUAAUCUCUACCUCUUCGAGUCUGGUAACACAAAUUUUGUUCAAUAAUGUCGAUUUGCCUCCAUCAUGUCUCCGUCAAGCUUCUAGGGCUCGACAACCUAAAGAUAUGGAGACCAUAUGGGUCUACGUCCUCUAGGAGGGGAUUGACGAUAGUCUCCAUGGCAUCAAUUGCGACCGAUGCAUCGAGUUACAUACCUGCAGCUCCUAUUCUCAUUCCAGAAGGACCUUGGGAGCAGAUUCCUGGGGGAGUUACAGCAGCAAAGGGAUUUAAGGCUGCCGGUAUAUAUGGAGGACUGAGGGCCCAAGGACAGAAACCUGACCUUGCUCUUGUCACCUGUGAUGUUGAUGCUGCCUCUGCAGGGGCUUUUACGACCAAUGUAGUUGCUGCAGCACCAGUUGUGUAUUGCAAGAAAGCUUUAGAGACCUUAAAAACGGCACGUGCAGUACUGAUAAAUGCUGGUCAAGCAAAUGCAGCCACGGGUGAUGCUGGCUAUCAAGAUCUUUUAGACUGUACUACUUCCUUAGCUGAGAUACUUCAUUUGAGGCAAGAGGAAAUACUUGUUGAAUCAACAGGUGUAAUUGGUCAUAGGAUUAAGAAGAAGGCUCUUCUUCAGGCACUACCUAAGCUGGUUGGCUCUCUGUCAUCUACAAUUGAAGGGGCAGAUUCUGCAGCGGUGGCAAUCACAACUACUGACCUUGUAAGCAAAAGUGUUGCUGUUGAAACCAAGGUUGGAGAGACGUGUAUCCGUAUGGGAGGCAUGGCUAAAGGUUCAGGGAUGAUCCACCCCAAUAUGGCAACAAUGCUUGGGGUUAUUACAACUGACGCUGUUGUUAACAGUGAUGUUUGGAGGAAGAUGGUACAGUUGGCAGUUAGUCGAAGUUUUAACCAAAUUACGGUAGAUGGGGAUACUAGUACCAAUGACACGGUUAUUGCUUUGGCUAGUGGGCUUUCUGGUGCAGCAAGAAUAUCUAAUUUGAAUGGUCCUGAAGCAGCACAACUACAAUCAUGCCUUGAUGCUGUAAUGCAAGGUCUUGCAAAGUCAAUUGCUUGGGAUGGAGAAGGAGCAACCUGUUUAAUCGAGGUAUCUGUAACGGGUACCAGUGAUGAAGCUGAAGCUGCAAAAAUUGCACGCUCUGUAGCAUCUUCUUCUCUUGUCAAGGCUGCUGUGUACGGCCGAGAUCCGAACUGGGGACGUAUUGCUUGUGCUGCUGGCUAUGCAACCAUCCCUUUCAACUUAAACAAACUCCGAAUAGCACUCGGAGACAUUGUGCUUAUGGAUGGUGGACAACCACUUCCAUUUGACAGGGCGGCUGCCAGCAGUUACUUGCGGAAAGCUGGGGAGGAACAUGGUACAGUUGAAAUGCACAUCUCAGUGGGUGAUGGCCCCGGAGAGGGGAAGGCAUGGGGUUGUGACCUGAGCUAUGAUUAUGUCAAGAUAAACGCAGAGUAUACCACAUAACUUGAUUUCAAAGGAAUGAACCAGACCAGAAGUUAGUUCUGGUAUUCUUCCGUGCAAUAGUAGUCUGCAUUAAUAACUUGAUUUUAGUUUCGUUUUUCACUAAGCUAAUAGUCGGGUAUUCUCUCGUUAAAAGAUUUUCUAUUUUUCGUUUACAUCUGUUUUCAAAGUAUCUUAUUCUUAACUUUAUUUCUUAUUAGAUGAAGGUUUGUUCUCUUUCA